GAUGCUCCAGGUUUCCCUCUCCCAGCCGCCUGCAGCUUCCCACCGAACCCGGCCAUGCAACCGGGAGCGGUCCUGCAAGCCUUGCUGCUGGCAACGCUCCUGGCAGAGUCCUGGGCCGUGACCGGCCGCCUGCUGAGCGGGCAGCCAGUCUGCCGAGGAGGGACCCAGAGGCCUUGCUAUAAAGUCAUCUACUUUCAUGAUGCUUCUCAAAGAAUAAAUUUUGAAGAAGCCAGAACUGCCUGCAGGAGAGAUGGGGGCCAGCUAGUCAGCAUUGAGUCUGAAGAUGAACAGAGACUGAUAGAAAAGUUCAUUGAAAACCUCCUGGCAUCUGAUGGUGAUUUCUGGAUUGGACUCAGGAGGCAUGAGAAGAAACAUAAUAAUAGCACAGCCUGCCAGGACCUUUAUGCAUGGACUGAUGGCAGUACAUCAGCAUUCAGGAACUGGUAUGUGGAUGAGCCUUCCUGCGGCAGCGAGGUCUGCGUGGUCAUGUACCAUCAGCCAUCAGCACCCGUUGGCAUCGGAGGCCCCUACAUGUUCCAGUGGAAUGACGACCACUGCAACAUGAAGAACAAUUUCAUUUGCAAAUAUUCUGAUGAAAAACCAACAGAUCCUUCUACAAAGCCUGUAGGUGCAGGAAUAGAGCCAGCAACACACACAUUUUUAGAAGAUAUACAGAAAGAAGAGGACAAAGAAAUAUUUAAAGAAAAUAAAGACACUGCUUUGAAUCUUGCCUACAUCCUAAUCCCCAGCAUACCUCUUUUCCUCCUGCUUGUGGUCACCACAUUUGUAUGUUGGAUAUGGAUCUGUCGAAAGAGAAGGGAGGAGUCAAGCCCCAGCACAAAAGAACCGCAUACCAUCUGGCCUGCCCCUCAGUCUGGAAACAGCCCUGACCUAGAGGUUUACAGUGUCAUACGAAAACAAAGUGAAGCGGAUUUAGCUGAAACCCGGCCGGACCUGAAGAACAUUUCAUUCCGAGUGUGUUCAGGAGAAGCUACACCUGACAACAUGUCUUGUGACUACGAUAACAUGGCUGUAAACCCAUCUGAGAGUGGAUUUGUGACGCUGGCGAGCACAGAGAGUGGUUUUGUGACCAAUGACAUUUAUGAGUUCUCCCCAGAACGAAUAGGGAGGAGUAAGGAGUCUGGGUGGGUGGAAAAUGAAAUAUAUGGUUAUUAAGGCACAUGGAAGAAAGCUUGACCUAACAAGAAAGGAAAAGAAAUUCACCUAUUUUUUCAG